AUGGGUGAACUCCUUCACAAAGGCUUCAUUCGUGAAAGUUUAAGCCCUUGUGCAGUUCUAGCCCUUCUAAUACCUAAGAAAGAUAGUUAUUGGAGGAUAUAUGAUGCCGAUGCCACAAUCUUUUCCAAAAUCGAUUUGAAGAGUGAGUAUCAUCAGAUUCGAAUCCGCCCAAGAGACGAGUGGAAAACUACAUUUAAAACAAAAAAUGGUCUAUACGAGUGGUUGCAAAACAAGGGAACAACAUCAAGAUCAUCUCAUGCAAGUUUGCUCUACACUGCGUGCUACAAGCUUGUAUGCCAAUAUUCAUUGUUUUCGCUAUGGGAGUAUGCUGAUCCUAUGAAGAUUUGGGCAAUUGUUGAUUGGCUUGACCCCAAGAAUAUACAUGAAGUUAGGAGUUUUCAUGAUUUAGCUACCUUUUAUCGUCGUUUCAUCAAGGGGCUUAGUACGAUCAUGGCUUCUAUCACAGAGUUUUUUGAGGUCGAAUGUGAUGUGUCCGGGGUAGGAAUAGGUGGAGUCUUGAGUCAAGAAAGCCAUCCUAUUGCUUAUUUUAAUGAGAAAUUAAAUGAUGCCAAGCAACGGUACUCAACUUAUAAUAAGGAGUUGUACAUAGUUGUACAAGAGUUGGACACCACUGAUGGUUUUCGUUUAGAGGAGGGCUAUCUUUUUAGAUCCAACAAGUUGUGCAUCCCGAAGACUUCAGUACGAGACUUUAUAGUGUGGGAAAGUCAUGCUGGCGGGUUGGCCGGACAUUUUGGGCGUAAUAAGACCAUAGAGGAGAUUGAACGUCAAUUCUAUUAG